GGUUCACUGACAACGAGUCAAAUUAUCUCGGCUAUGCAACAGUUUGCGCAGCCAGAAGUUUUCCACGAACUUCGACGACACGAUUUUGUUUACGCGCACAAAUUACACCGAAUCUCUUUCUCCGUACCGCCAUAAUAUCUUGCAUACCUUCCAACCUUUUAUCACGUUUCGCCCGCCGACAUCCAAAUCGUCGAGUUCCUAGCGACACUGACAAGAAAAAAAGAGGAAAGCGAAGGAAAGAAAUACGAUAAUAUUACAGAUUAUGAAAUGGCGAUUGAAAAUGUAACGAGGUACGAUCGCGUCUACAGAGGCCACGAAUCCAAAAUAUCGAUACGAUCGCCGACAUCCGUUGUCGGACUAAUUACCGACAAUGUUCUGGUGCCGAUAACCAAGACCGUUCGCGUCGCGAGAAGUUCGCGCGUUCUUUCGAGCUUCCACGAACGGAGAGUAAAAGCGAUUCGAUCGCGGCAACGCGACAACGAUGCGACCACACCGCUUUUGACGCAACCCCCUCGACAUCCGUGCACGAACUUUUCAAACCGAUUCCGCGAUCGGGAGAAGAAACUGGUCUCGAACGCCCACCGGAGCUCGACGUUACUCCCAUUUAACGAUACAGCCGCCUCGAGGCGAUCGCGAGACAACGACGAAACAAAAGUACUGCAGUUUCCUUCUCCGAUGUUAGGUUUACCUCGCGUCCCAUUCUCGAAGACGAAUUCCGUUUCCAAGUAUCUUCCGUUACGAAAAACUCGCAAACGCCGAAUCAAGCUCGACCAACGUAAGAUCCAAGAUUUCCAGACGGGAGCAAACGAAAAGCAAACGGAAACGCGGCGCUUGUUAACCGAUCUACAGAGAAUAGAUUGGUUAUCGAACGAUGCGUUAACAACGAUAUUCGAUAAAGCUGUGCGACUAUUUAAAACCGAUACCUUUGGUAUACCUAUUGCGUUCACCGUUCCAUCGAUGCCUGCCUGCACAGCCGAAACGACAACAACCGCAACAACGGCGACGAUGACCGAAGCCGUGGCGACGACAGGAAUAACGACGGGCAAAUCUCUCGAACGUUGCGACCAAUUGCUAAACGUUGUAACAGGUCCCUCGGGAAACGUGUAUCCUUGUAAAAUCAAGUAUUCGUGGCAGGUAAUUGGCAAAAGUACUCAAACGUCGAGAACGCUUCUAGAAAGUUUAGUACAGGAAACUUUUGCCGACGAUACAUCGGCCUAUACAUGUUCUAUUAAAUACUCCUGGCAGAUCAUCGGUAUCGGUACUCAAACUUCGAAAGAGGAUUUCGAAACACCGGAACCUCGCUUUCUUGUUUCACGUUCGUCCACUGGAACGGGCGCGAAACGAAUCGUUGACAAAGCAUCGAACAAACCGCUUACUACCACGGAACCACCUCGACGAAAUUCGAACAAAUCAUUUCUAUCGACCACUCAAGGUACGCAAACGUGUGCCCACAAAGAAAUUCAAACCAAUGUCAUCGAGUUUUAUAUCGAACAACUGUAAGCGGACUCGCCCGUUCUUUUCUAUAGACAGGAGAUCCAAAAAAAAAAAGAAUGACAACACAAUCGUUUUGCAUUGGACUCUGACGACAACGACGACAUUGACAUUGACAUUG